AUGUCCGACGCCAACCUCACCUCGCACCCGCGCGCCGCCGACUCGUCGACCAUCGGCACGGCCGAGUCGACGCUGGCCGACAACGCCAGCGCCACCACCACCAGCACGUCGACCGAGACGACGACGAGCGCCAACUCCAACAAGGUCGCCUCGGGCCUCGGCACGACGAUCAAGGGCAUCUUCGGUGCCGCCCACGGCGCCGGCGAGACGAUCCGCGGCGCCAUCAACGACGGCCUCGACCAGGCGGGCGAGGGCAUUGCGCGCGGCGGCACGAGCAAGGAGCGGCAGGCGCAGCGCGACGCCGACCUGGCCGCCAAGGGCCAGGCCGAGCCCAGCGCGCAGCACAACGCCGUGGCGCGCGAGGGCGUGCAGGAGGUCAAGGACAGCGUCAACUCCAUCCGCAACCUCGGCGGCGGCAACAAGACGACGCAGCCGGCCGAGAACACGACCAGCACGAUCUAGGCGUGCCGCCGUGCGUCGCCCUCUGCUGCAUCAUGCAGUCAUGAUACCUGAGCCGCACGAUGGUGUGCGCGCGCACUCGGAAGCGUCGGUAAUGAGAACUCUUCUAAUUCGACGCAGCCGCGCCAGAUGGUGGUGGUACAUGUGCAGAGGCGGGAACAUGAGUGGGUCUAGUCUAGAGAGAUGAGGUAGAAGCGAGGCGGGAACAGGGUCUUGGGAAAGGGCGGGGCGGCGCGCUGCUACGAGUCGCGGAUGCGCUCGGCCCACUGCCUCAGCGUCGCGGCCAGCACGUCGGGCAGCGCAUCGACGUCGCGCACGACGACAAAGUACUCG